AUGGCCUCGCUCACGCUCGAGCAGGUGGCGGGCAAGCGCCUUAAGCUGCUCACCGACAUGGGCGCGCAGAUGGCGGCGGAGGUGCGCCGGGGGGUGGCGGAGGAGGCGGCGGCGGAGGCGUCGCAACUAGUGCGCAUCCGGCUCGGCCUCGAUCGAUGCGCGGAGGGGGGCGCGGAGGACAAGCGGCUCAAGGCGCCGCUCGGCGACAAGGCUGAGGCGUACAACGAUGACGUGCGCUUCCAAGCGGCGGUGGGCGACGCGCUCAAGGCCAGCCGCGUCGAUUUGUCGGGGUUCGACCUUGGCGACGAUGGCGUGAUGGUGGGCACGGCGGUCGCGUGGAUGGAGUCGGAGCCGUCGGCGCUGACGUCGCUGACGCUCGACUGGGGCAAUGUGUGCGGCCGCGUGCGGGAGGCGCUGCUCGGCGCGGUGCGGAAGACGCACACGCUCGUCGCGCUGAACGUGGGCGACGAGCUGACGCUCAACCCGCAGCAGCUCUGCGGGCGCGAGGCGGUGCGUUCGCUCGACUUGUCGAACAAGGGACUCGGACCCGGAUCGGCUGCCGUCGUCGCGGCGGGGCUUUCGGUCAACGGGGUGCUGAACGUCCUCGAUAUCAGCCGCAACGACAUCGGCCCCGUGGGCGGCGUCGCGAUCGCCGAGGCGCUGCAGGGCAACGAGGUGUUGAAAGAGCUCUACCUCGGCAGCAACAGCAUCGGCGACGAGGGCGCCAAUGCGAUCGGCGCAGCUCUGCGAGGCAACGGGGUGCUGACCACCCUCAAUCUCUCGUUCAGCGACAUCGGCCCCGCGGGCGGCGUCGCGAUCGGCAAGGCGCUCGAGGUCAACAGGGUGCUGACCGACCUGAACCUGUCGGGCAACAACAUCAACGGCGAGACCGACUACAUCAACGCGAGCGAGGUCGAGGGCGAGUCCAAGGAGGUCGGAGCUAAGGUGAUCUACCAGGGCCGCGAGAUGGUCGUGAGCGUGGGGGUGGACUCUGACGGCGACCUGAAGCUGGUCGAUGUAGUGCAGACGGGCGUACGCGCGAUCGCCAAGGCCCUCGAGGUCAACGGGGUGCUGACCAAACUCUCGCUCUAUCAGAACGACAUUGGUGACGAGGGCGCCAAGGCGCUGGCCUCCGCUCUGCGCGUCAACGGGGUGCUGAAAAACAUCGACCUCCGCUACAACGAAUUGGGCGACGAAGGGAAGGGAGCGAUUCGAGAUGCGGCGAGCGGGCGGGUAGGGUUCGAGCUCUUGAUGUGA